AUGUCUGACUUAUCUAUAGCCUUGCAGGGGAAUCGCCUCAAUUGCAUUGAUCAAGCAUCUAGUUACUUGGAUUCCAUAUUGAGAAAACAAAAAGGCCUAAAGGUACUGCUAUGUGAUGACCACACGCUUUCAAUCUUGAGCGUCGUGUAUUCUCAGCAUCAGCUGCUCCAGAACGAUGUGGUUUUGGUAGAUAGGUUGUCCAACAAGGAGCGUUACCCCAUGAAAUACUUCUCUUGCGUUAUUUUUUCUCAGCCAUCUAAAUCUUCGCUCGCGUGCAUUUGCCAGGAGCUGGCGGAGGCUAACUUCAGUUCUUACUCGAUUUUCUUUUCCUAUCUUUUAGACUCCUCCUUGUUGGAGUGCAUUGCUGUCGCAGAUCAUUUUAACCUCGUUAACUACGUAGGAGAGAUAUAUUUGGAUUCAACCCCCGUCACGGAAUAUGUGUGCAUCUGCCAAUUGAAACUCAGCUCGCUGAGCCUGGCUCCCACACCUUUAAUGAAUCCCCUUAUGUAUGUUCAGUGGGAUGCUAAUUCGUUUAGUCGGAUCACGAAGAGUAUCGUUAGUAUGAUGCUGUUGACCAAACGCCGACCCGUCAUUCGAUAUCGUUCCGAAAGUAAAGUGGUGCAAAAGAUUGCAGAAGAAGUGGCCGCAUGCAUGGGUACGGUACACACAACCUUUCCAGACCUCAAGGCAAAAGAAUCCGUGCUUGUUAUUUUAGAUCGGAUGGACGACCCUUUGACACCACUUUUGAUGCCCUGGACUUAUGAGGCGAUGAUUCACGAGCUCAUCGGGUUUCAGAAGGGAAAUGAAGUCGUGAUUGAUGACCCUGACGCAAGCCCCGAGGAGCGUCUGCACGUUCUUACAGCUCGCAUUGAUUCUUUUUAUGAAAAGCACCGCUAUGACGACUGGGGCCACAUCUGUGUUGCAGUAAGCGAAAUGGUAAAUGCCUAUAAAGAGAUCAAUCACAUUAAUCAGACUACUGUUUCUUUAGAAGAGAUCAGGAAUUUCAUUGUUCGCUUUCCCGAAGCGCGCCGACAGUCUGUGCAAGUAUCUCGUCAUUGUGGCAUUACAAGCCAACUUGUGGCCGAGGUCAAAGGCCGUGGUCUUACCCAACUGUCUACGCUGGAACAGGAUAUGAUCACUCGUAACGACGUCAGUGAACACAGUCGACUGAUAUUGGAGGCAGUCCGGGAUCCGAAAACGGACCUCCGGGAUGCUCUGCGCAUAGCUAUGAUUUACAGUCUUCGCUAUGAGAAAACAUCCGGAAACAUUAUUAUUCGACUCAAACAGGAGCUAGAGAAACGAGAGUGUGCGAAGGAAAAGAUAGACUUGAUUGAUCGCCUGAUCGAAUAUGGUGGACAACAACGACGUGCUCAUGAGAUCUUUAAGCCUUCCACAGGUCGUCUCCUUAAGUCAGUCCUCAAAACAGUCGGACAAUUUGAUAAGGAUGUACAAAACGUUCUUACUCAGCACACACCGCUCCUUAAGAAGAUCGUAAAUCGCAUCUAUAACGGUACACUAUCGGAGGAAAAGUAUCCUGUUCAGGAGGUUCAGGGAUCGCCCAUUCCCACCGCUCAGGUACCGUAUGUGCGAGGAAAGGAUAUUAUCAUAGCCUAUGUUGGUGGUAUCACUUUUACCGAAGCGAUGCUGCUCUGGCAAAUUAAUCAAGGACUAGUAGACAACAAUCUGGAGAGCUUGAUGAAUAUGAGAAUUUCGAUGUCUAGACGGCUCGCUGGGAAUGAGACUGUGGGGCCAUCAGAGGAGCCGUACACACCGAAGGUCGAUGCUCGGGUAUCGCUAAUUUCGACGGCUAUGAUUAACUCUAAGACAUUUAUUGAGUCGUUGCCUCGAUAA